CCACAUCGGUGGGGUGAAAGAAAACAAAUGGGUUUAAAUAGAAUUACCACACUCUAACUAAUACCGAGGCCUUUUGUGAUAAAAACCCCACACCUGACGGAUUGGGCGGGUGGUAAAGUGGGGACAGUAUCGGUGUUGUUAGAGUGGGACCCAACGGGCAGAUCCAAAUUUUCAACAUGGUAUCAGAGCCAAGGCUCGUACAAGCUAAUGAUGCUUGUAACCAAAAAAAAAAAAAAAAAAAAAAAAAAAAAGAAAAAAGAAAAGAAAAGAAAAGGAAAGGAAACAAGUCGGACUCUUGAAAAAUGCCAAUGAAGCUAAGAGCCGACCUCUGAGUUCCAUUGAAAACAAGUGGGCCCAACGAGAGCCGACCUCUGAGUUUCAAUUGCCGAUGUGUGGAUCUUCACGUGUGAUUACACGUGAGGGGGAGUGUUGGAAUCCCACAUCGGUGGGGUGAAAGAAAACAAAUGGGUUUAAAUAGAAUUACCACACUCUAACUAAUACCGAGGCCUUUUGUGAUAAAAACCCCACACCUGACGGAUUGGGCGGGUGGUAAAGUGGGGACAGUAUCGGUGUUGUUAGAGUGGGACCCAACGGGCAGAUCCAAAUUUUCAACAGGCGGCACACUCAAUGAAAGCAUGCGCUGAAAGUAUAUAUAGGGAGGAACAAACCGCUUCAUCUAGCACAGACCGUGAUGAUGAAAGUUGUAUAACAGUUGAUCGGCUUUCUGAUACCAAUGCUCAAAGUUCAUCUAGGCAAAGGCCUAGAUUACCAGGCUUGCAGAGGGAUAAAAGUGUUGAAAAGUGAGCUCCUGAAAUUUAUUUCAGAGCAUGGGCAGGAAGGAUUAAUGCCCAUGAGAAAGCAACUUCGUUUACAUGGGAGGGUAGAUAUCGAGAAAGCAAUCACACACAUGGGUGGAUUCCGGAGGAUUGCAACAUUGAUGAACCUCUCUCUUGCUUAUAAACAUCGAAAACCAAAGGGCUAUUGGGACAACAUUGAUAAUUUGCAGGAAGAGAUUAAUCAAUUUCGGAGGAGCUGGGGAACGGACCCUUCAUUCAUGCCCAGUAGAAAGUCAUUUGAGCGUGCCGGGAUGUAAAACUUGAUUAUGUAGUAUCAGCUGAUGUAGAGGGAGAGAAAGUGGCACCAUCUAAUCCCUAUGUAUCUCAAGAUACACAAGAGUGGAUCUCAGAACUAAAACAU